CACAUUGUUUUCGUUAUUGAAACGGCUCGAAUUCGACUUUACCAACGAAGAAACAGCAUAACUUACCAAAACUCUCCUUCAAUAGACCUUCGAUGACCCUAGGAUGGCUUUGAAUCGCGAAUUGGAGUCAUUGCAAGAUGACAGCGUUCCCAAGUUUGAAGAGUUUUCUUGGAGUCAACAAGACGUGAAAGGAAAGCGCAGAAUUAUUGAAGCAGAAAUCGUUAGUGGCCAAUCGUCUCCUAAGAAAAUGGCCAUUGAGCUGACAAGCGACGAUGAAGGAGGCUCUCCUGUCGUGACUCAGAUCUGCAGUCUUGUGAGUGGUGACGAUGAUGACGUCGAACACCAAAUUGAUCAUCCUUCAGUAGAAUACCUUAACAAUGGUGCGACUAUACAAGUAUACGAGAUGCCGCCUGAGACAAAUACUAUCGAUAUAAAGAGAGUUGAAGAACAUGAUGAUAGAGUUGACACAGAAGAAGUCAUAAUCAAUGGAUUCCCAGUUUAUCAACUGGAAGGGAAUGCCCCAUUCUUGAACGAAACUCUACAGCUUUGUAUGGGAAAGGGAUUGGACCAACGUUAUAUCUGUUCUAAAGUCCCCGUCAAUAUCCUGCAAAACGCCUUAUUCGUCGUUGAUUUCCAGUGCGUACGUCAUCAUGACGUAGUUGCUAUGGACAAGGGAUCCUUUGGGCGGCAAUCAAGCCCUACCCGUCACGUGGCUAUUAAGGUGUUGCCAGAUGGGAGAGUAGAAGAUAUCAAGACGGUCAAGUUUCUUGGAGCUGAUGCCCUUGAACCUGGGUACGAGUACUACAAGAUUCGACGCCAUUACACUUGGCACAAAUGCAUCUCGGGCCUUUCACGGGUGAUAACGAGACUGGAAUACAAGAAUGUCUUGUUCAGAUAUGGAGUAGUGCAGUUUAAAAUGAAUGAAGAGGACAAAUCAUUCGCUAGUAAUUUUAAGCCGCAGCCCACGUCCAAAGCGGAUAAGACACAGCGAUCAACGCCACGAGGAAGCUUGGAAGGUCGCGCGCAUGCGCAAACCGACACUAGUCCUGUCAGCCAUAAUCAAGCACAUAAAACCACUCCUUCACGGUACAUCAGCGCCUUAAAUAGCACUCAGUCCCCACCAAGAAUACCUAUAGAAUCUUCUGAGGGUUCUUUUUCUGGUUCAGCGCAGAGCGAGCAGCCAUCCACCACGCCCAGUGAUGCAAGUUCCUGCAAGGGUGAAAUAUUACACAUCCUGAAGAACGCUGACAAGCCAAAACCACUGCUGGGCGGUGAAGUACCAGACUUCAGCAAGCUGCUGAACUUAUUGAAGUGCGAGGACUUUCUCUGUGAUGUGUCGUUCGUUUCGGUUGUGAAUAACAAUGUCAAGAGUCUGAAUCCAAGAACCUUUGCCAUGGGAGAGCUACAGAAGCAUUGGCUGAAUACCUACUGCUCAGGAGAAAACCCCAAGUCUGUUGUUAAUAUCUCUACGAGAUACAAAAUCGGUAGCUAUUACCUUACAAUGCUGACCUGCUCUUUGCCUAUUUUUGUAUUUCGAGACGACCCUUCAGCAAAGCAUCCUAUGGUCCUUCUUGGUCUGAUGACCAGCAUGACGAACAGCAGCGAAGACUACGAGUACCUUGCCAGUAAUCUACGGCGUCAGGGAAUCAAGAGCAUGGUUUACGGUACUAAUGGAAACUUUAGCCUAGAUGCUGCUCUUGAGAGAACUUUUCCAACGCAGGAAAGAAGUUUAUUAAACAGCAGUUCCAUUUCAGAGAAGAGCAUCCAUAUUUGCUGCUUUGACAAAAUGAGAGAAGAUAUCUGUUUGAAACUCGACGAACUAAAUGUGAAAAACGCCGAGUCCAAGAUCAUCUUACGCCAAAUUCUUGGAUCUCCCGAGUCAGACAAGACAUCGAAUGAUUCUUUAGUUGAUCAAAAAAGCGAAGUAAAAUUUCGCGAGAUGCUUGCAACGUUGGAAAAAAAAUGGCCAGUAGCAUUCCGUAACUGGUUCACAUCCAGCACUGAUAAUUCCGACCGGUCGUUAUCUGAAACCGUCAAGAAAUGCAUGCUCCGACCAGUGCGUAUAUUAGCAGGCCUCGGAAACCCACCGAUAAAGUACAGCAACAAAAAUAACUACAGUAAAUUUGUGAUUGAUGCAGUAUCGGAAAUCGAGUCUUUUGGUCCUGUAGACCUGGUGAAGAUCCAUGAGAUCAUCAAGCUCAAGGCAGUUGAGUCCCAGAUAACAGAGUUUGUUAAAGCAAUGUACAAUAUGGGUGAACUGAGACUAGCCAACGCCUACCAGCACCUCAAAGUCUCACUUAUAAGUUAAAGAUCACUUGGUAGAGUCAAUUCUAUCAGUUGCAGUAAAAUGGGUUCAGAACAAAAACCAAUAUAGUGUUACGGAUACCGUUAAAACAUCAUCAGAUGUCAACAUACAUUUUACAGAUUUUAGAAGCCUUUCAUUUCAAUUUGUUUAUUUUUCCUACGAUGAUAGUGUUAUAAUUCGAUUAGAAUCUUAGAGGAUAGCUGAAAAGAGAGAAUUUCUAUUUGUUGCUAUGACAAUCAGUAGAAUUUACCGCGGUAAAAUCUACUGAAGGUGGGCUAUACGAACACUAUGACAAUCGUUCAUUAAGAAUUACUCUUACCAAUAACUAUUACCAAUUAGGAACUCUCCUUUUAUGAAAAUUUUAAAGAAUGUUUAUUUUUAAAAACUGUUAACAUGUCAAUAAGUAAAGCCCUCUUUGAUGGAAAAAGGGCACCGCAUUCGUCAAGUGCAUAGACUUUACUAACAAGACAUUGCUAUAGAAACAAGAGUACCUACCAG